UGAGUGUUGGACUAAAUUCGAGUUUUUGGCAAAGAGAUAGAGAGACAAUGGCCCACUUGGAGUACAAUCGUCGCGAUUCGCAGGCAGCUGGCUUGGGAUUGGGUGGUGGUGGCGAUGCGGAUAACAGUGCCUUGAUGCGCCGCACCACUGCAGCUUUAGCAACACCACCACCGCCGCCAGCGGUGCAGCGCCAAUCGAUGGUGGUGGAGCCGCGAUUCCAGGAUGAGGAGGUGACCAGCUGCCAGGAGGUAACCACCAAGGGAUCCCCAGCAAGCAACCAUGGAAAGCCCAAUCAACUGGUGCGCUUCUGCCUGCGCCUGGGCUACAAUGCCCUGCUCUAUCCCUACGAAAUGGCCAAGGUGCUCAUCCAGCUGGGCCACGAGCCGCUGCCGGCUCGUCCCUUCCACCUGCCGCUGCUGCACCGGCGUCCGCGGCUCUUCCUGCCCGGCGUCCACCAGUAUGUGCAGCACAUCCGGCGGCUGGAUGGCCACGGUGGCAUGUAUCGUGGCCUGACCGCUCGCCUGGCGGCCAGCACAGUGGACUAUUUGCUGGGGGAUCUCCUCCUGGCCCUGCUGCACUUCAAGCCCUACAAGCGGGGCGCCAAGGAGGAGCCGAGCCUCAAGGAGUUCGGCUGGAAUCUCGCGAGGAACAGUCUGCGCCUGGCCACCGCAGUGGCUCUGUCGCAACCCUUCUACGUGGUCAUGGUGCGCCAGGUGGCCCAGUUUGUGGGUCGCGAACGCGUCUACGAGGGUCUCUGCGGCAGCCUGAUGACGCUGGUGAAGCAGGAGGGAUGGGCUGGACUCUUUGCCGGGAUGAUGCCACGCCUGCUGGGCGAGAUGUGCGUUCUGGGGGUGACUAGCCUGCUGAGCCACCUCUGCCUUCGUUUGAUUCCGAUGAGCCGCCAGCAGCAGCAGUACAACGCGGUGAUCAUCCAGAUGCUGGCCAGCCUAGUGGCCUAUCCCCUGGAGGUGACCGCCGCCUGCAUGGCCGGCACGGGUGCUCCACUCGCCGCCUGCGAGCCGCCGAGCAUGCCGCUCUACAACCACUGGGCCGACUGCCUCAGCGAUCUCUACGCCCGCGGCGGCCACAAUCGCGGGGCCAUUCUCUUCUGGCGCACCGUUCCCAGGAUCCAGUUGGUCAAGCGCCACCAGGAUGGGCACCCCGUGAGAUUGGGCCAGUGA